AAAAGUACGGAAUGCUCAUAGGAGGAGCGGAUACUCAUCGAAUGGAUCUUUCAUCUAUGAUCAUGUUAAAAGAUAAUCAUAUCUGGAGUCAAGGAUCUAUUACAGAUUCUAUUAAAAAGGCAAGACGAGUUGGAGGAUUUUCAUUAAAAUUGGAAAUCGAAUGUCGUAACGAAUCAGAGGCAGAAGAAGCUAUCCAAGCUGGAGCAAAUAUAAUAAUGCUUGAUAAUUUAAGAGGAGAGAGUUUAAAAUCAUGUGCAAA